UGUCUGGUAGACACCAUAGACUUAAAAAAAAAAAACAUUGUUGAAAAAAUAAUAAGACUUUUUUUGCAACGGUCUAAACCAGGGUAGGUAGUGCUCUGACCUUCUCGCAUCGAUUUGCAUUACUUAUUUGGUCUCGAGUUGCUGCGUAGAAGUCAAUAAGAGAUAUUACUUUUGCCUCGCUGUUUUUCAUAAUUUCUAAUCGACUCGAUGCUCUGUUGGAAAAUAGUCCUAAGUAGACUGCCAUUAAAUGCACAGAGUCCAGGCCAGGCGAGCCUCGUCUCGUUUGUCUGACUCUGGGCGUGAACGAGCGGCCGGUGGGCGCGCCCGCUGCGACGUUGCGGAGGCUUCAAGAUGGCGGAAGCCUUGACAACUGAGGAGCAGCUGGCUGUGGAGGAGUUCCUGAGAAAAGUGAGGAGCAGGGAGCUCCCCCACAGUGCUGGGCUCGUCUCCCAGCCUACAGCUGUUAAGUUCCUUAUGGCCCGCAAGUUUGACGUCUCCAGGGCCAACGAUCUGUUCCAGGCAUACAAGAAUACCCGGAUCAAAGAGGGCAUCAUCAAUAUAAACCCAGACGAGGAGCCCCUCCGCUCUGAGCUGCUGAGUGGCAAAUUUACAGUCCUGCCCGGCCGAGACGCUAAGGGUGCUGCUCUAGCACUGUUCACUGCUCGCCUCCAUCGACCAGACAUCACCACCCACAAAGCUGUUCUGCAGGCCAUCAUCUAUCAGCUGGAUAAAGCCAUAGAGAGUGCGCAAACUCAACGAGACGGACUCAUAUUUAUUUAUGAUAUGACAAACUCAAGUUAUGGAAAUUUCGACUAUGAGCUCUGUGUCAAGAUUCUGAAUUUGCUCAAGGGGGCAUUUCCUGCUCGAUUAAAAUGUGUCUUCAUUGUGUCGUCCCCACUUUGGUUUCGAGCGCCGUUCGCAGUUCUUCGCCUUUUUGUCAGAGAAAAGCUGAGGGAACGGGUAUCAACAGUGAAAGCUCACGAGUUGGUCAGUCAUAUCCCAGUCUCCUCCCUCCCUGAACAUCUUGGUGGGACGUCCCAGUACAGCCACGUGGCCUGGAUCCAGUCCUGUGUAAACAUGCAGACCAACUCUGUUCAGGGUGACACACAAGAACAUGACACACAUGAUUGUGUGGGAAGCUUGUUGCGCUCUUACAGCUUGGACAAUAGCAACACAAGCGUUGGUACAGUGCCUUCCCACAACCACCAGGGUACCGAACGAGCCGUGGCUAAUGCCAACUGCUAUGACGACAACAAUGCUAACCCUCAGAACCACGUGGCUGGUGUGGAGGGCAGGACUCGAGGCCCAGGACAGUACCAACAAGGCUCCAACUCUGGCACAGACAAGUCCCAGGGGAACCACCAGCACUGGAAUGGUUCAGCUUUGGGCGUAGCCAACACAGGUGUUGGCAGUCCCAAUUCGAACGUGAAUGGUCGUGGCCACCGAGCUCCUCCCCAGUCAGACACUCCCCCCAACACGCCGUUAUCGCAGAAAGCUGAUGACGACACAGCAGCUGGCGAUCCAACAAUCCCUGCCAACAGGUCUCGGAAUGAGGUUCUGAAGGAGGAGGAUGAGGAAGAGCAGGAAAGGGUGCCUCCGUUGCCACAGAAAGCUCUGCCUCGCCCACCCAACCAGCCUUCAUCGCAGUCUCCGCCUCUUUCUUCAUCGUGGGGUCCAGAUGAUGAUGACGAGAAUCGCUACACGGAGGUAUCUGUUCACAUACCGGACCAGGGAGGUAUGACUGUGCAUGAGCUAGUGGAGUAUGUGAAGAGAAAGAAGAAAAAGGGGAUCUAUCAGGAGUACGAGGACAUCCGUAAGGAGCCUCCAGCAGGCACCUUCGACUAUUCUAGGAAAAUGUCAAAUCAGAUUAAGAACCGCUACAGUGAUGUCCUGUGCCUGGACCAGUCACGGGUCAGGCUCUGUCAGCUAUGUGAUGAUGAAGACGAGACAUCAGAUUACAUAAACGCCAGUUUCAUGGAUGGGUACAAGAGAAGCAAUGCCUACAUCGCUACUCAAGGUCCGUUGCCAAAAACAUUUGUGGACUUCUGGCGGAUGGUGUGGGAGCAGAUGGUACUUAUUAUUGUCAUGACCACCAGGGUUGUGGAGCGCGGACGUGUCAAAUGUGGUCAGUACUGGCCUCUUGAGGAGGGUAGGACUGAGCAGCAUGGAUACUUCAUGGUUAAGAACACACACAUCCAGGUGUUUCAGGACUUUAAACUCUCCUAUCUUGAACUUUACAACACACAGUCCGGAGAGAAACGGGAAGUUUGUCAUUACCUCUAUGUCAGCUGGCCAGACUUUGGGGUGCCUAAAAGUGCUUCUGCUAUGUUGGACUUUCGUGAGCAUGUACUUGAAAGGAGGAGGGCAGCAGUCCAAAGCCUGGGAUCCAGCUGGAGGGGCCCUCCAGGGGGCCCUUCUGUGGUCGUGCAUUGUAGUGCUGGCAUCGGACGUACAGGCACGUUCUGCACACUCGACAUCUGCCUGUCACAGCUGGAGGACGUAGGCACAGUAAAUAUUCAUCAGACGGUGCGGAGGAUGCGCACACAGAGGGCUUUCAGCAUCCAGACAUGGGACCAGUAUUAUUUUUGCUAUACUGCCGUCAUAGAGUACGCCCAGCGCCAUGGGAGACUGAGCCCAGUGCAGUGGUCUGACUCAGAGCCAGAGACAGACAGCGAGUGAGACACACUUGCACAGAUGGUUAGCUGAACAUGAACAGAAGUCAUAGGAAUGAAAAUCAGAGGAGCAGCGUUUCUUAGUAAAGGAUGGAGGAGAUCCCUUGACCAUAAGAGAAAGAGAGAAAGGAUAGCGGACUCCCAUCAGUUGCUCUUCCUUCACACAGGAUGCAGUUGAAGAGCCGGAGCAGAAAAUGCAGUGCAGAGGCUAUGCACUGCGUCAGCGAUGAGCAAGCUGGCCUGCCAAUAUCAUAGCUCCUUCUUAUUAAGCAAACUACGGAGUGGAGGGGCUUGUCCUGCCCUCACACACGCCACGUUGACAAAAGCGUUGUACGACUUGUAGCAUUUUUAUAUUGACUUGCACAUUAGGAGUGAUAAACUUGAACCUUACCCCGUGAAGCCCUCCAAAUCCAAGUCUCAGUUCCUUUUUAUAUCUCUUAUUGCUUUUCAAACAAGUUUGGUUACAGAUGAAAUGUGACGUGUGAAAAGGUGAAACUUGAAAACAUUUCUCCUUUAGUUUUUGUUUUGUCUUCGCUCAUAAGAAGAAAUGGUUUUCAGUCACCCAUUGGUCGUGACUGAUUACUUUGCGAGCCAUUUAUUUCAUUUUCAUUUAAUCCAACUUUUUCAUAUCCAUUUUUUUCGAUGACAUAAUUUUUAUAUGCGCUUCAUAUUUGUGCGUAUUUAGACUAACUUUUUGAAGCCGAAGUCCCCACCCUGAAUGCUUGGAUGUACUCCUUCCUGAGAUCUUAUAGACUGAAACCUACAUAUAUUCCUCUAACAUACAUGUAUAUUUUAUUGCCCAUAAUAACAUCCUCUGAAGUACAAGCUUAAAAUGCCUAGUGGAGUUUAAUUUACUUAACCUUGAGAGAGAAGAUCUAUGUAGCAAACCAGACUGAGAAUAACUAGAGUUCUGGUUUUAAACAUAUUGUUUUUGUUGACUUUCCUGAUAAGUCAGGUUCUAACAUCAAAUUGCUGAUAUUUGCUGUACGUGCAUUAAGACUGGACGUUCUUGAAUAAUUUGGCCUUAACUCUAUUCACUGCCUCAAUCAAGGCCUGGGAGAAGUAUUUAUACCCCUUGAACUGUUUCACAUUUCGUCACAUUACAACCACAGCCUUCAGUGUGGUUUUUCCAGGGAUUUUGUGUGAUGGACCAAGACGAAGUAGUGCAUAAUUGUGAAGUAAAAGGAAGCACCUUUACUACAAUCACACCAAGUCUUUUGGGUAAUGCCUCUACCGGCUUUGCACAUGUAGAGUGAAAUUUAUGCCAAUUCUUCUUUGCCUAAUAGCUGAAGCUCAGUCAGGUUGGAUGGAAGGCAUCUAUGAACUGGAUUUUGGUCUAGACCUCGACUGGGCCACUAUCAAACAUGAAUAUGCUUUGAUGUAAACCACUCCAAUGCAUCUGUGGCUGUAUUUAGGGUGGGUUGUACUGCUGGAUGUUGCCCUGUAGUAAGCUCCAUCUACAGGUCCUUCUCAAAAUAUUAGCAUAUUGUGAUAAAGUUAAUUAUUUUCCAUAAUGUCAUGAUGAAAAUUUAACAUUCAUAUAUUUUAGAUUCAUUGCACACUAACUGAAA